AUGUCCGGCGGAAAGAACCCAAUGGAGGAGGCCUACCAGCGUCUCCGCGCCGUAGCGCAGCAGACUCAGCGACGAGGCGGAGGUGGUAUGCCUGGAGGACCUCGAGGUGUUGGUAUGGGCGUUGGGGCUAUGAUUGCCCUAGCAGGCACUGCCUUUUUUGCUCAGAACGCGAUCUUCAACGUCGAUGGUGGCCAGAGAGCCAUCAAAUACCGGAGAAUUAGCGGCGUCGGCAAGGAUAUCUACAACGAAGGUAUAGCACACAUUUCAUGCUUCCCUGGCUCGAAACGCCGGUUGUAUAUGAUGUCCGCGCGAAGCCGAGGAAGCGUCGCUUCCUUGACCGGUACCAAGGAUCUGCAGAUGGUCAACAUUACAUGCCGAGUGCUGUCCCGACCGGAAAUCAACGCUCUGCCGCAGAUUUAUCGCACUCUUGGCACGGACUAUGACGAAAGGGUGCUUCCUUCAAUCGUGAAUGAGGUCUUGAAGAGUGUCGUCGCGCAGUUCAACGCGAGCCAGCUGAUCACUCAGCGAGAGAUGGUCGCCAAGCUUGUUCGCGAGACCUGUCGAGAGGGCAGCUCGAUUCAUAUCCUUCUUGACGAUGUGUCCCUUACGUUUGCACAGCAGAGCCCAAAGGGCUGCUUCAUCGUCGACAAGGCUCGCCAGGAAAAGCAGGCUAUGGUCGUCAAGGCACAGGGUGAGGCGCGGUCAGCUGAGCUGAUUGGUGACGCCAUCAGAAAGAACAAGGCGUACGUCGAGCUGAAGAAGAUCGAGAACGCUCGUUUCAUCGCCCAGCAGAUGCAGGAAUCUGGCGGAAAGAACAGGCUUCUGCUAGACUCUGAGGGUCUAGGUCUCAAUGUCUUUGAGAAUGUGGAAAAGAAGUAG